CACCAGGCCCUUGUUUUCUCUCAUAUUUGCUAUCUGUCUCUCCUUCUCUCUCUCUUGUUCUCUUGUUGCUCUCUCUCAAACCCUUACCCUAUAGAGGCUUCCUCUGUUAUUUAUUUUAUUUUUGGUUAAAUUAUCUUCCUCUCUUAAAUAUACACACGAAGCUCUAAAAGAGAUGAAUGCAUGAACAUUUGCUGAACGAAUUGUGGGUUCGAUCUGUUUGGGUGCGAGUUGGAUUUGAGGGUUGGUGUUGGGAUUUGGAGUGUUUGGUUGUGGAUGAAACCCUAGAACAAAAUGCUAGGUCAGUUGGUGAGGAUUGGGAUUGCAAUUGAGAUUUCAAUCUGAAGUAGAAGGAAAUCACGAAAAGCUCCGUUCAACUUUCUUGGAAAUAUAGUUUAGUUUGUAUGUAUUUACAUAUGAGAUGGGUUCUCGAGGAAGGCCAUUAUUUGAUCUCAAUGAACCCCCUGCCGAGGAUAAUGAAGAGAAUGAUGGUGUCCGUUUCCAGCCACAAAAGGCACUUCCUUCUACAAACCCCCACAGUUCUGAAGUGCUUGCAGUAGCAGCUGUUGCACCAAGAAUUGUUAAUAAUCAUGCUUUUUCACACGCAUCAUCUGUGUCAGGUUUUCAACCUUUUGUCCGGCCUAAAUAUGCUCAUGGCUCUGAAGGUGGUGCUGAGCAGAAGGCAAGAGAUGAUAAUCCCAACAGUUCAUCAAUAUCUAAGUCAAGUAAGGAUGAGGAUGUAAAACCAGUACCAACUUUAGCUUCUGCUUCUGCAAAUGCUCCAUCUGCGGAAAGAGAAGAAGGAGAGUGGUCUGAUGAUGCUGAGGGAUCUGCUGAAGCAUAUGGAAGUGGCAGUUUGCAUGAAGGUAAAACUUCACAAGUGCAAGGAAAAUCUGGAGUGAUUGUUGGAUGUGCUUCUGCUGUUUCUCCAGAUGGCAGUUCUUGCAAUAUGAAGAUUUCAGAAAGUCUCAAGGAUGAAAAUAGCAGUCAUACGUCUUUAGGAUUUGAUCAUGAUCAGAAUAGCAACAGUAGCCGCAACUUAGACAGUAAUGCUAAAGGUCAGGCAUCCAUGGAUUGUCAGGAGGAACCUGGCUUGGUUCCAAAACAAGAGAAAGUUAAAGGCAUUGAAGCAAUCCAUGCAGUCAAGUGUGCAACCAAUCCAAUGAAGAGGAAGAUAAACCAACUAAAUGAAGCAAAGCUGGGAAAGAAACGUAAUAGACAGACAAUGUUCCUUAAUUUGGAAGAUGUUAAGCAAGCUGGCCCUAUCAAAAGUUCAACACCAAGAAGACAACCCUUUCCCACACCUGUAACAACUCGCACUUUGAAGGAGGUUCGUACAAUUCCUCCACCUACAGAACGCGUUGGGGAAAAGCAGUCACAGUCGACAAUAAAGGACCAGAAACAAGUUGAUGUUGUGUGUAGUGAAGGAGGGACUGUGGUAGAGUCCAGUGAAUGUAAGUCUGAAUCUAAUGGGGAUGCUAAUUAUGGAUUACUGCCCAGGACUAGAAAGCAAAAUGGCGACACUGAUCCUUCUGCAGAGGUCUUACCACCAAUUCCAAGACAGAGUUCAUGGAAACAGCCCACAGAUAUGAGGCAGCUGAAGAAUUCACAGGUUGCUAAUAGGAAGCCAGCUCUGGUCACUCAAAGUUCCAUCGAUUCCAAAUCGGGAAACAAGAAGCCUCUUCCUGCAAAGAAGCAAAUAGCAAUCAGUAACACGUACCAAGACACAUCGGUUGAGCGUCUUAUACGAGAGGUUACCAGCGAAAAGUUUUGGCAUCACCCAGGGGAGACUGACCUCCAAUGUGUUCCUGAAAAGUUUGAAUCUGUUGAGGAGUAUGUCAGAGUAUUUGAACCCUUGCUGUUUGAGGAAUGCCGGGCACAGCUUUACAGCACAUGGGAGGAAUUAACUGAAGGUGUUUCUAGAGAUGCUCAUAUGAUGGUCCGUGUAAGAAGCAUUGAAAGGAGAGAAAGAGGGUGGUAUGAUGUAAUAGUCCUUCCAGAAAAUGGAUGCAAGUGGACAUUUAAGGAGGGCGAUGUUGCAAUUCUUUCAACCCCCAGGCCUGGAUCAGUCAGAUCCAUAAGGAACAACUUGUCAGCUGAGGACAAUGAGGAGCCUGAAAUCAGUGGGCGUGUUGCUGGUACUGUGAGGCGACAUAUUCCUAUCGAUACUCGUGAUCCCCCAGGAGCAAUCCUUCAUUUUUAUGUUGGGGACUCCUAUGAUUCUAACAGCUUCGUUGAUGACGAUCAUAUUCUAAGAAAACUACAGCCCAAAGGAAUUUGGUAUUUAACUGUGCUUGGUUCUCUUGCAACCACCCAGCGGGAGUAUGUUGCACUGCAUGCAUUUCGCCGUCUGAAUUUGCAGAUGCAAACUGCAAUACUUCAGCCCAGCCCAGAACACUUCCCAAAAUAUGAGCAGCAGUCCCCUGCUAUGCCUGAAUGCUUCACACAGAAUUUUGUUGAUCAUUUGCAUAGGACUUUCAAUGGACCCCAGCUAGCAGCAAUCCAAUGGGCCGCAAUGCAUACAGCAGCUGGUACAAGUGGUGGAAAGAGGCAAGAUCCAUGGCCUUUCACUCUUGUUCAAGGACCUCCUGGAACAGGUAAGACACACACAGUGUGGGGAAUGCUAAACGUUAUCCAUCUGGUGCAGUACCAGCAGUACUACACUUCUUUGCUUAAGAAAUUAGCACCCGAAAGCUAUAAGCAAAAUAGUGAGAGCAACUUUGAUAAUGUUUCUACGGGAUCAAUUGAUGAGGUUCUUCAGAACAUGGACCAGAAUCUCCUUCGUACACUACCAAAGCUCUGCCCAAAACCUAGAAUGUUAGUUUGCGCUCCUUCUAAUGCUGCAACAGAUGAGCUUCUUUCCCGUGUUCUUGACCGUGGAUUCAUUGAUGGUGAGAUGAAAGUUUAUCGGCCUGAUGUUGCUCGAGUAGGUGUUGAUUCACAGACCCGCGCUGCCCAGGCUGUGUCGGUUGAGCGGAGAACUGAACAGCUUUUGGUCAAGAAUCGUGAGGAAGUCUUAGGGUGGAUGCAUCAGUUAAGAAAUCGUGAAGCUCAGUUGUCAGUGCAGAUAAGUAAUCUUCAAAGAGAACUUACUGUCGCAGCUGCUGCGGUUCGCUCCCAAGGAUCAGUUGGUGUUGAUCCUGAUGUUCUGGUGGCCCGGGACCAGAAUCGAGAUGCAUUGCUGCAGAACCUUGCAGCUGUAGUUGAAAGCAGGGAUAAAACUCUAGUGGAGUUGUCUCGCCUGUUCAUUUUAGAAGGCAAGUUUCGUGCUGGUAGCAAUUUCAACUUGGAAGAAGCUCGUGCUAAUCUUGAGGCAAGUUUUGCCAAUGAGGCUGAGAUUGUUUUCACUACUGUUUCAAGCAGUGGUCGCAAGUUGUUCUCUCGUCUUUCUCAUGGUUUUGAUAUGGUUGUGAUUGAUGAGGCAGCCCAAGCCAGUGAAGUGGCAGUUCUUCCUCCCCUUUCUCUUGGUGCUGCACGAUGUGUUCUUGUUGGAGAUCCUCAGCAGCUUCCCGCAACAGUUAUUAGCAAGGCUGCUGGGACCUUGUUAUACAGUAGAAGUCUUUUUGAAAGAUUCCAGCAAGCGAAAUGUCCGACGAUGUUGUUAUCUGUGCAGUAUAGGAUGCAUCCUCAAAUCCGUGAUUUCCCUUCAAGAUAUUUCUACCAAGGACGCCUUACUGACAGUGAAAGUGUUGCUAAUUUACCUGAUGAGACCUACUACAAGGACCCUUUACUUAGACCUUACAUAUUUUUUGACAUUACCUAUGGGCGGGAGUCCCACAGAGGGGGAUCUGUCUCCUAUCAGAACAUACAUGAAGCACGGUUUUGUGUUCGGUUGUAUGAGCAUCUCCACAAGUCAUUGAAAGCGUUUGGGGUGGGAAAAAUUUCUGUUGGCAUAAUCACACCAUAUAAACUGCAACUUAAAUGCCUUCAGCGUGAGUUUGAGGAUGUUUUGAAUUCAGAAGAAGGGAAGGAUCUAUAUAUUAACACCGUAGAUGCUUUCCAAGGCCAAGAGCGUGAUGUGAUUAUCAUGUCCUGUGUGCGUGCUUCAAGUCAUGGGGUUGGUUUUGUUGCAGACAUCCGCCGCAUGAAUGUAGCUCUCACUCGUGCAAGAAGGGCUCUUUGGGUGAUGGGGAAUGCAAAUGCCUUAAUGCAGUCUGAUGACUGGGCUUCAUUGAUUACCGAUGCCAAGGCCAGGAACUGUUAUAUGGACAUGGAGACUCUUCCCAAAGAAUUUCUGGUACCAAAGGGACCUUCUUACACUCCAUUACCAGGAAAGCCUUCCUCUAAUAUGAGGGGUUUCAGGUCUGCUGGACCAAGGCAUAGAUCGCUGGAUAUGCACGUGGAAUCCAGGUCUGGAACACCAUCAGAAGAUGACGAGAAGUUGGGUGCAUCAGUAAUUUCUAGGAAUGGAACUUACCGGCCUAUGAAACCUCCAUUUGAGAAUUCCUUGGAUGACUUUGAUCAGUCAGGUGAUAAAUCCAGAGAUGCCUGGCAAUAUGGUAUACAAAGGAAACAUAGUUCUGCUGGGGUUGUUGGAAGGAGAGAUAUUUAGUUAUUAAUUGUUGUUUUUGAAUCCUCUUUCUGCAUCAUGAGAGCUUUGUGGCAUUCUUUAUUUUUCCUAUGGUGCAAGGGUUGCUCUUGGUCUGCCAGAAAGGUCUUGGGGCACUAGUUUCCUGUGCUGAUAUCUGAAGCUGGACAAAGGCUGAACUUUGUGCCAGAUAUCUUUCAGUUAAUUGAGAAGUUCGGCAUUAAGGGGGACUUGGCAGGGGCUAUCGGCCUGUGCACAAAGUUGCUUUUGCAGAAGAACCGUUUUCGUUGACUCCAUUCCUAUGAUUGCUUGCAAGGGGCUGGAUGCUUUUGGGUAGAUGGUGGAAAAUCGUACCCUACCACCAGCUUACAAUCUUCAGUGGAAUCCAAACAAUGGCGUCAACAAAGCUUUUCCUGUGAUGGUAUUAUCGCCCGCGCUGCUAUUCAAUUGUUGCUACUAGGAGAUUAGGGGAAAGCUUCCUGAUGAUUCAGUAGCUCACUUCUCACAAACAUACCGACUCAUUCGAUCUUGCUACAACAAGAGUUAGUGCUUCGAUGUAGAAAGUUCCCAUUUGAAUGAUGCUAUGUACAUUUUUGAACGUGCAGAAUGCACAUGAUGACCACAUAAUAGGAAGGGGAAUGUAAAGGUCUGGUGGGUUUUACUGAAUGUUUUUUUCUCCUGUUGUUUGAAAUGUUAGUGGAGGCAUAAACACAUGCCAAAAGAUGGCAUUGCUACAAUUUUCUGUAUAGAUAUGGGGGAGGAGUACAGAAAUUGUAUUAGAAAGAAAAAUCCAUUCAUAGCUUGUAGUGUCAACUAACUUUGUACAUACAUCUUUUAAUUGUGGAAUCAUAUAAAUUCUUUUGUUC